CCUCUCUCCCGCCACAAAACCGAGCCGACGUCCCGCCACCUUCAACUGCUAGGGUUUCUGUUUUUAGGGUUUUUGCGUGCAAUGUUUACCAAUGAUCAGCGGCAGGUGGAGCGGACAGGAAAGUACGGUACUCCCAGAGCCCAAUAUCUUCAAGAGCUUGUUACUCAAUUUCAAACUGAAACAAAUGAAGAAUCAAAAGAGAAGGUUGUAGCUCAUUUGGCUAACUUUGCAUAUGAUCCUUACAACUAUUCUUUUCUUCGACAGCUUAAUGUUCUGGAGCUAUUUCUGGAUUGCAUUACAGAGGAAAAUGAAAGGCUCAUCGAAUUUGGUGUGGGUGGGAUAUGUAAUUCAUGUGUUGAUCCUGCAAAUGCUGCCAUUAUAGUUCAGUGUGGUGGGAUUCCUUUGGUUAUACAGUGCUUAACCAGCCCUGUAAGAAACACAGUGAAUUAUGGCAUAGGAGCACUGUAUUACCUCUGCAAUUCACAAACCAAGGAAGAGAUAUUGAAGCCAGAAGUAGUUGAAAUCAUGAGGAGAUAUGCUGCAGCAGAAGCUGUUAGUGUUAGUUUCAGCAACCUGGCCAAGGUUUUUCUUGAAAAACAUGUCAACCAGUGAAAUUUUUACAAAGUUUUAGUAUGCAACUAUCAUGUUAAUUCUUCACAUAAAUAUUUACAUGUCUAACACCUAUACUUUUGAUUUUUACAUUUCUACCAACCAAAUCAUUCA